AUGAAGACUGGAUUGGAUCUAUAUGGACAAGUGCAAAAGGGUUCUAAUAUCUCACUGCUCACUAAGUUUCACCCUCCAAUUGCUUCAACCAUAGUACGCAGUAGAGGGUUUCGUCUUGGUAAUGUCGACUUCCCCUGUGGGCUGUGUUCAGCUGAUGGGGGAGUAUGUUGCCGAUGUUCGUUUCGAAUGGACCCAUGACUCAUCCGAGGCUCAGACACACUCCACAGAAAAAGAGAAAGACAUCCUGGAUAUGCUGUCAAUGGUCCUGAUAUUGAGAUAUGAUGGUGAAGAGGAUGACUUCAUGAUGGGUUUGCUUGUGCUGCCUAUGAACACGCCUAGUGUAUAUCGCAGAGAAGGUCUCUUUUCUUGCGAAAAUGGUCGAGAAUUCUGGGAUAGCAUUGAUACUUCAAUUGUCGCAUUGGUUUGAUUCUUUGAGUUGUAAUUUUAAGUUUUCUUUUUUUAGUUCGGUAUUAUUUUGUUUGGUUUCUUUCCCCCACAAGAACAGUGAAAUGGAGUCGAGUGGAACGCCCAGAUCUGUUUAUCAUGGGUACUAAAGGAGGUGAG